CGUGCGUGGCGAAGGCGGAACGUGAUGACGUCACCGGCGGAGCUGUGAGGUGUUUAUUGUUCAUUUCGGCGUCGCGGAGCGAAAAAACAGCGCAGUAAAGGGAGUAAAUUGCGGCGAGCUGCUGAAUAAACCCUCUCCCUGCUGGCUAGUGGGAGCGCUCAGCCUGUCCGAGCCGAGCUGCGGGAGAAUUAAAGCUCUCCAGCGCUUUAUACUCGCUUUUAUUGUUUUUUUCGGGAGCCAUUUUAAAGCAGAGAAGAGGCCGGAGACAGCGGCUUGGUCAUGGCGUACGCUUAUCUCUUCAAAUACAUCAUUAUCGGAGACACAGGUGUGGGGAAAUCCUGCCUCUUAUUACAGUUCACAGAUAAACGCUUCCAGCCCGUGCACGACCUCACCAUCGGUGUAGAAUUCGGAGCGCGGAUGAUCACCAUAGAUGGCAAACAGAUAAAGCUUCAAAUCUGGGACACGGCCGGUCAGGAGUCGUUCCGCUCCAUCACCAGGUCUUACUACAGAGGAGCUGCAGGAGCUCUACUCGUCUAUGACAUCACAAGAAGGGACACCUUUAACCACCUGACCACCUGGUUAGAAGACGCCCGUCAACAUUCCAACUCCAACAUGGUCAUCAUGCUGAUCGGGAAUAAGAGCGACCUGGAGUCGAGGAGAGAGGUGAAGAAGGAGGAGGGAGAGGCCUUCGCCCGGGAACACGGCCUCAUCUUCAUGGAGACUUCAGCCAAGACCGCGUCCAACGUAGAAGAGGCGUUUAUCAACACAGCUAAGGAGAUUUAUGAGAAGAUCCAGGAGGGUGUGUUUGACAUCAACAACGAGGCGAACGGGAUUAAAAUCGGGCCGCAGCACGCUGCCACUAACUCCACACUGGCUGGAGGACAGGGAGGACAGCAGGCCGGGGGAGGCUGCUGCUGAAUUACCACUUCUACCCCUUUAUUCUACCCCUUUAUUCUACCCCUUAUCCCUUUAUCCUCCUAUCCUCUUACUCCCUCUGUCCCUCCCUCUUGUUUCUACUGGACUGGUCGCUCUCACUAACGUUUUCUUAACCCUCAAACCCAAAUCGUGUACUAGAUGGCUGUAAACAAAAAAAAAAAUCCAAAAAAAAAAAAAAAAAAAUCAUACUCCUGCAGAAGAAGCCCAGGUAGUGAAGUGGUGAGAAGAUGAGGAGCUGGUGGAGCUGGUGGAGCUGGUGGAGCUCUCGGCGCUCUCGGCGCUCAGCUGCAGCAGGUUCCUGAUCGUACGGUUAGCUAGGCCCCGAGCCACCGACCCCACACUGGUGAAUAUUAUCUUCAUGUCUGUGGAUUUCUUUUUGUUUUGUGCCCUUUUUUUUUGUUGACUUUGAGCUGAAUUGUAUUAAACACUACAAAGUCAUCUCUAGUAUUUUAAUCGGUGUGUGUGGGUGGAGUCUGUGAUCAUGGUUCACUCUGGAGUCCGGACAAAGGGGGCGUGUCCUAGCGCUCGGCUGGAUUUUACUGAGCCGCGGGGUCCUGGGGUUGAUGAAGGGGCGGGGCUUGGAAUGAAUCAGCCAAUUGGAAACAUUGUUAUGACAUCACAGUGCAGUAGUUUAGCUAACAUCAGCUAGCUUCCUAACGUGAUUAGCUGCUUAAUGUCGGCUAACUCCUGGCUGCUGGAGGGGUAACAUUGCACAAAGGCUGGCUGUGAUAAUCAGGUUUCUGAUUGGUCGAUCAUUUUUAACAUAAACUCCGCCCCUGCCGACACAGCUCCUCUCGUCCCUCAGUAAAACCAGGACGUACGUGUGUGUGUGUGUGUGUGUGUGUGUGUGUGUGUCCGAGCUGCGAUGAAACGAGCAGCCGUUAUUAAAAUGAAGAUAAACAGCAGGAUGUUUUAAUGUGUAUUUAUCAGGACACUCUGUAUAUAUAGCGCUCAUUUCUUGCUUUGAUGUACGUUAGAGUUAAAUUCGCUCUUUUUGACCCGACGCUGUGCGAGUAGAGCUUGAGAAUGCGACAGUAUUCGCCGCUGUUUUAACUUUUACUGCCUCGUUACUUUGACUUCCUGCCUUCCUUCUCUCUGUCGUGUAUAGAAACUUCAUAUAGAUUUAUUAUAUUGUGUAUCUGUUUUAAUGCCAAAUUUGUGUUUACCCGUGUCUCUCUGAAACGCUGUUCGCCUUAAACCGAUAUCAGAGCGGCGUUUAACAUAAUCACAUCACGUUACAGACGAUAUGACGGAGGAUAAGCGUGUACACACACACACACUAAUCCUGUAUACUCAGUUUUAUAUAUACAUAUAUAUACAUAUAAUGUCCAUUAAAGCCGUCCCUGUAGCGUCAGUCCAGCCCCGCCUCCUCCACGUGUACGGCUCGCUCUCUCCGCCGCCGCCGCCGUGUCCUCCUCCGCUACACUCUCUCUCUCUCUCUCUCUCUCUCUCUCCGGGUGAACAUCCUGUCUGUGGUGAAAGGGCGUGUGGUGAAAAGCCAAACUGAAGUUUAACGUUGUGAUUCUCCACUAUUAUUUGCUGUGUUCUUCAAAUAAAAUGCUAUCACAAUAAAACAUGAAUAAAACUC